AUAUACAAUACAAUUCUAAUUAAUGAUAAUAUAAAAUCUGUUACUUCUAAAACUAUACACUAUUUAUUCCUCUGAGUCAGUUAAUUAGAGAGUUAUAUUUGUUUCCUUCUUUAAUUAGAGUGUUUUGUUUUAAAAAUUGAUUUUUUUUUUUUUUGUGUUUGCAGGAAAUUAUACAAGCAAUGGUGUUCUAUUUGUAUCGUGUAACGGUGGACUGAAUCAAAUGCGAUCCGCGGUUUGUUUACUUGCUCUUUUGCUCUCUCUUUAAUUUUCGGAUUUUGAUGUUUUUUUUUUUCUGAAUGUUGUUUUAGAUUUGUGACAUGGUGGCUGUCGCUAGGCUAUUGAACCUCACUCUCGUUGUUCCUGAGCUUGACAAGACAUCUUUUUGGGCUGAUCCUAGGUACUUUGAAUAGGAGAGGAUCUCUCAUGUAGCUCUAUAGCAAUCUUAAUCCAUCCCUUUGUUUCGUUUGUAGCAGUGGUUUUGAGGAUAUUUUUGAUGUGAGACACUUUAUUGAUUCAUUAAGAGAUGAAGUUCGGAUCUUUAGGAGGCUUCCUAAACGGUUUAGCACCAAGUAUGGUUACCAAAUGUUCCAAAUGCCUCCUGUUAGCUGGUCUGACGAUAACUAUUACUUCAAACAAUGGUCUUACUCUCUCACUCCAGAGGCUCAGGUGUCGUGUGAACUUCCAGGGACUUAAGUUCACUCCACAGCUUGAGGCCUUGGGGUCUAAGCUAGUCCGCAUGCUACAGCAAAGAGGACCCUUUGUCGCUUUGCAUCUGAGAUAUGAGAUGGACAUGUUAGCUUUCUCUGGCUGCACUCAUGGUUGCGGUGAGGAAGAAGCGGAAGAGCUAAAAAAGAUGAGGUACACAUAUCCCUGGUGGAGAGAGAAGGAGAUAGUCUCAGAGGAGAGGAGGUGGCGUUGGUUCUAAAAGCAUUCGGAUUCGAUAAAAAUACACAGAUUGCAGCUGGUGAGAUUUAUGGAAGCGAGCAUAGACUGUCCGUUCUAAGAGAAGCAUUCCCGAGAAUUGUGAGUCUAUCCGUCCUGGUUUCCCUAACGAGUGGUCAAUCGUUCUUAACAGUUAUGCUCUCACAUGUGGUUUAUAUUAAGGAUAAAUGUCCCACAUUGGAUAUUGGAAGGGAUCCUAAUCAAUAUAUAAGAUAGAUGGGUCACUCCACUUAGCACCAAUUGGUUUUAGGUUGGAAGCCCAUCUAGCUUAACAUGGUAUCAGAGCCCGAUCCACACAGUCCAAUCCGAUCCAUUAUCGAUCCAGCCCAAAGUCGGCCCAUCGAUCCUUGCCCGAGCAUUUCGAGAUUGACGCUCAAAGAACCAUCAUCUCGAAGGGGCGUAUUAGGGAUAAAUGUCCCACAUCGGAUAUAAUUAUGGAACUAAGAAGGGUAAAAUGAUUGAACCUUUUUAAGCUCAGCAAGCUCCUCUUCUGACCUGUACUGGAGACAUUUCAUGAAGAAGACAUUUCAUCAACUAAGUUUUGAUAAUUAUAACGAAAGCUAUAUAUUGAUGAUGGAUGAUGAUCAGACAAGGACAAAACCCACCAGAAGAUGGUAGAGUCAGUUGACUCAGGAAGAAUAUCGAUAUAAAUUCUCCAUGCAGAAUCUUCAUCAUACUUCUUUUUGAUCAAGAACAGAGCUAAUGAACCCAUGUUAUACAUUGUACUAUAUACUCUUAUUUUGUAGACAAAUGCUUUCCAUUAUUUUGAUAAUUGAUUAUGGCGUUCAGAUAAAAUUGAGUCAGUGAAUUCACUGUAAAUUAUAAAUUAGUUUUAAAAAUAUAAAUUGGUUUCUGUCAAACUUUCCAGUCAAAUUAGUUGCCAAUACAGACCCGCAACAGAACACGAUGAAGAACUUGUCGAAUGAUUGACACAAGAAGCCAAAAUGUGAUUGUGAAAAGCACUCAAAUGUUUUACAAUUGGUUGAUUCAUGUAAUCUAUAUCCAACAUGGAUAACAUUUUAAUUACUAGACAUUGACCCCGAGAGAGCUAUAAUCAACAGUUAGGACAUUUUAUUAAGAAGGGAUCGUAUGUCUCUCGUUCUUAUUUUUAUCUUUACUUAAUGAGAUAACUGUUUCCAAAACAAGCUCACACUUACAAACCUCUGACCAUUUUCAGACUAUUAUUUUUUGUCAUCUCACAUCUGAAGUUUUAUGUUUUCAUCUUGUUUUCUUCUAAAAACAUUCCCUAUAAAUUAAAGUAUUCGACGGCGGUUCUUUCGGGUUGUUCAGCUUUACACCAUUUUACUAUUUUCUUUGAUUUUCUGGCAUCUAACACUGUUUGUGGGUUAUCUUUGAUUAUUACUGAUUUGAAUGUCAAGGAAAUAUUGGAUGAAUACUUUUCUAUGUUUUGAAACUUGUACUUGUCUAUUCGUUUUGCAAGAAAUUUUGUUUUUAAACUCCCAAAACAAUACUCAGUACGUUUCAUUUUAUUUAUCGUUUUAGUUUUAUGCACAUAAAUUAAGAAAACAAUUAAUUUGCAUAUUUUCAAAACAAAAUAAAA